CCUCGCCCAGAGACCAUACGCCGCUCGCGAAGUACCUAACAUUAUAAUUCGUUAACACAUAUACGAUUCGUCCACAAGGUAAAGAAGUUGAACCUACACCAUGUGAUCGACGCUUUUCGAAAUUUCAUUACAAUUUAAUUUGAUACAAUUAAAGUAUGACCGCUUGAUGAAUCGUACUUGGUUCGCGCGUUCAGUUGAAUAAAUUUGUGUAUUUUUCAAAAAAAUCUGGUGUAAAUUUGUCGCGUCGUUAUUUUUUUUAUUCGGACGUAACAAAAUGGACGCCAAAACUAAAGUGGAUUACAAAACGGUUGACGAACUGAGUUACGUAUCAAAACCGACUAUGGAUUCCAAGCUGUAUUCCGGCUUUUUGCUUGCCAUUGAAAUUAUCAUAUUGGUCGUCAGAAUAUUCAUUACAAUCUUCGAAAGCAUCUACAGAUUAUGUGUACCUGAUGAAGAAAAACCAGUCAAUAAUGAAAUAGUAUUGAUUACUGGUACUGGUCAUGGUAUGGGCAGAGAGUUAGCUCUUCAGUAUGCUGAACUUGGUGCUACUGUCGUAUGCGUCGAUAUAAAUAAAGAAAGUAACGACGAAACUGUAAAAUUGGUCAAUGAUAUAGGCAAGAAAAAAGCUCACAGUUAUCAGUGCGAUGUUUCGAACGAACAACAGGUCAAAGUACUCGUUGAUAAAGUUAAACAGGAAGUCGGCGUUGUAUCUAUUUUAGUCAAUAAUGCAGGAAUCAUGCCUUGCCACCGAUUUUUCACAUACACCGAAGCCGAAAUACAGAAACUCUUCGGUAUCAAUGUGUUUGCUCACAUUUGGCUACUUCAAAAUAUUUUACCAGAUAUGAUUGAAAAGAAUCACGGACACAUUAUUACAUUAUCUUCGAUGGCUGGUGUAAUCGGUGUUGAGAAUUUGGCUCCUUAUUGUGCUACGAAAUUCGCUGUCAGAGGAAUGAUCGAAUCGUUACACGAAGAAAUUAGAACGAGAACGAAAGGAACGAAUAUUAAAUUCACUCUCAUUUACCCUUACAUGGUUGAUACUGGAUUAUGUCAGAAGCCCGUGAUCAGAUUCCCAUCAAUUUUGAGUAUGGUUAAACCGAAAGAGGCUGCUCGUCAAAUUAUACAAGCUUCGCGACGUAACAUAUUGGAACAUUCGAUACCAAGCACUCUACUCGGAACUAAUAAUUUCUUCAGACUUCUACCGCAUAAAGCUGGACUCCUUUUGAAAGAUUUCUUAGGAUCUACGUUGGAUGAACAUGACAAAUAAAAGUGAACUACCUACCAAAUGGAACACUCCGUCUCGUGCUGUCAAUUAUAUAAUCUCAGAAGUGAUUACGAAUUAAUUUUGAAUGGAAAAGCAUUUAUAAAUUCCUUAAUUACCUAUUGCUUUUUAUUGUUUUUUUUUUUAAAUAGCCUAAAUGGAAAAACUUUGUGAUAAAUAAAUUUAUCAAUCAAGUUACGAUAAUUUUAUACAUUUUUAUACGUAAUCUACAUUUAAUACCUACGUUUGAUUGGUUUACGUUGUAAUAUGGUUAUAAAAGUACAUGAAAGUUUUCUCGUUGAAGCUGUGAAUUUCAUAACCAAUCUUUUAUGUAUAUUAACAUAUUUAUUAUUUUAAACUAGUCAGUAAUGUUAUUUAUUGUUACCUAUUUUUAAAGUAUGAUUUGGGUGUGCAUUUAAUUUUUAAGUCACUUGAAACAAAAUUGAAAUAAGAUCCUUCUUGAAU